CUACUUACAUUCACACACACUAACACAACAACCACCUGGAACACAAUGUACACCGUCGCGACGGUAUUCUCAUUGGUAGCUGCGAUACUCUCGGUAUCGGCGCAGCAAUACCAGCAACCGGGUGCCAACUACGUCGACGAUUACUCAGCCUACGAGUCCCCGAGACCGGCUCAUCCGACACCUCGAAGCUACGCCGCUGAUGCAGUGCCGAACCGGCAAUCGGCAGGACCGACCACCCCCAAGCCCACCCCAGUCGCCAUCCUCAAGCAGAUCAACAGGCACAACGAGGACGGAUCGUACACGUACGGCUUCGAGGGCGCGGAUGGCUCCUUCAAGAUCGAAACGAAACUACCGACCGGAGAGGUGAAGGGCAAGUACGGAUUCGUGGACGACACUGGGAAGGUACGAGUGGUCGAGUACGGAGCGAAUCAAUACGGCUUCCAACCGGCUGGAGAGGGUAUCACGGUCGCGCCGCCGACUCUGGUAGACGAGACCACCAGCAAGGAAGCUCUGCAAGCACAGAGCUACCAGGAAGAGUACCAGCAGCCAGCAGCCAGACAACCGCUCAGAGCUGCCCCUGCGCCUGCGCCGCGACCAGCACCCCUUCAGCAGCAGCUGCAGUACGAGCAGCCGGCUUAUCAGCAGCCACAGAGUCACACCCAGGCUGUCUACACGCCCCAGUUAGCGCCUAGACAGUCCAGCCUCUCUAAACCACCUAUCUUCACGCCAGCUGGUCCCCAGCACGGAAUCCCUAAACAAAGUCCCAUCCUCCAGUCCGCAGACGAAUCGGUGCCUCCGUCCCAGUUGUACAAUCAGGGUCCAGCUCAAUUUGGUCCAGCUCCCGUUCAGGAACACAGAUCCCAGCCACAGCCUCGUAGUCAGAGCGGUGGUAUCCUGGACCAGUUAGCCAGGGACUACGCUCUGCCACAGGGCGUAGCACCGCCGUUGCACGACAUCAGCUUCGGUUACUACUAG